UUCCGCGCCCGCUCCAUUCGAUUUCGAUUUCGAAUUCGCCCCAAAAAAAUUCCCCACCGAUUCGCCGGGAGCCCAACCGCCUCUCCGCUGCCGGCCGCGCGGAUCCCAUGGCGUCUCCCUCCCUCGCCGCCGCCGCCGCCGCGGCCUCGCCGCUCACGUCGCUGGACCCUAGCCCCAGCGCCUCCCGCCCCGCCGCCGCCGCGGCGGCCGCGCUGCGGAAGCGCCCGGUCCUCCUGCUCGAGCAGCGCCCGCACCCGGCCACCCCGCCGCUCGACUCCUCCUCCGGCCCUAGCCGUCUGCCGGCGGCCGCGGGGGCGGGUGUGGCGCAGCCGCUGCGCCGGAAGAAGGGGCACACGUCGUCGUCCCGGCCGAGGUGGCAGACGGCGCUCAGCGUCGCCGCCAAGAACGCGGUCCUCCUCGCCGUGCUGCUCUACGUCGGCGACCUCGCCUGGCGCUGGGCGCACCCGUCCCCGCCGCAGCCGGUCGACCGGGCCGCGCUGGCCGACUACGACGCCCGCGUCGCCGACGUCGAGGCCUCCCUCUCCCGCGCCUUCCGGAUGCUGCAGGUGCAGAUUGAGGCCGUCGACCGCAAGAUCGACGGUCAGGUCGGCACCGCCCGUGUGGAGCUCGCCGCGCUGCUGGAGGAGAAGAGGCUGGAGCUCGAGGGGCACCUUAAGCGGCUCGACGCCAGGACCGACGAGCUGGACGACGCACUCGCCGGGCUCAAGCGGAUGGAGUUCCUCCGGAAGGACGAGUUUGAGAAGUUCUGGAACGAGGUCAAGGAGACCCUGGGUUCGGGUUCCGGUACUGAGGUUGACCUUGAUCAAAUUCGCGCAUUGGCCAGGGAGAUCGCCAUGAGGGAGAUUGAGAAGCAUGCGGCCGAUGGGAUUGGUAGGGUAGACUACGCCGUGGCGUCGGCCGGGGGAAAGGUUGUCCGUCAUUCCGAGGCCUAUGAUUCUGGGAAACGUGGUGGUUUCCUUUCUACAAUUCUAGGUGGAGAUAGUGCUAACCCACAGCAGAAGAUGCUUCAGCCAAGCUUUGGAGAGCCUGGGCAAUGUUUUCCUUUGCAGGGAAGCAGCGGGUUCGUGGAGAUCAAGCUGAGGAAGGGAAUAAUCCCUGAUGCAAUUACACUAGAACAUGUUUCAAAGGAUGUAGCAUAUGAUAUGUCCACUGCACCAAAGGACUGCCGGGUGUCUGGAUGGUAUCAAGGGACACCUAAUGAGGCUCAUUCAGGUCAUGCUGCAAGUGCAAAGAUGCCUGUCUUGACUGAAUUCACGUAUGAUCUAGACAAGAAGAACAUCCAAACAUUUGAUGUUACAGCACCAGAUGUAGGCAUCAUCAACAUGGUCCGACUAGAUUUCACUUCAAACCAUGGAAGCUCUGCGCUAACAUGCAUUUACCGCAUCCGAGUCCAUGGUCAUGAGCCAGUGUCGCCAGGGAUCACCAUUUCUCAGUCCUGAGAUGGGAAUCCUUUUGUUUCUAUCUUUUGUAAGUGUUUUGGGUUUAGGGAUCUCCUUGUGCCCUUGCUAGCUUCAGCGUAGGAUGUUAUCAUGUACACUCUGUAAAGGUAAUGAUUGUUUGCUGCAAUCUUCUAGUCCAAUGACAUCUUAGAUACCAUGAGUUAGACAUUAAACAUUAAGUUCGUUCCAUCAAUGGAUGGAAAAUUGCGUUGUGGCCAGUAAGAUUAUUUGCAGGGCUGUUGAUGGUUGUUUCUUGUUUGGGCUUGAUUAAUUUGAAGGUCAAGCAAGUGAACAACAAAGGACAUCUUGCAAAAUGGGAACUGGGGAUGGGCUGAGAAAUCAUACUCAAAUGUAUUUUUAUUAACAAUUCUCAUAUAGUCUCCCCGAGCUUGGAGGGAAGUGGACUCAUCUGGUUGGGUGUAGGCGUUGCUAGUAGCCACAUUAUUUUCGGUUCAGUGAUAAUGUUCUCAAAUCUGUAAAGUCUGACAUCAACUCCCGAGUUAAUCUCGCCCCUAACCUUCUAAGAUCGAUUUCUGUGGUUUAUUUGAGAUAUUUCUUCGUUCCUGGAGUGUAAAGUACAUUGUU